AUGGCUACCAAUGCUCAACAAUUCUACACCAGAAACAACUCUAAUAUCAGAAGAGUUAGCGAUGGAUAUUCUCCAAAUACAGAGCACCGGUUGAGUACUAUUGAGAAGGCAAUUCAUCGUAUAGCUUCUUUGGUAGCUCCACCAUACCAAGAGGAGGCUGAGAUGGGGCAGUUGGCUACAUAUAUUAAUCAACUAAAAGCACAGACUUCGACAAAGUUGCCAUCACAAACUUUUGUGAAUCCAAGAGACAAUGUUAAUGCAGUGCUUUUGAGGAGUGGUAAGCAAACAGAAGAGCCAAAACAACAAGAAAAGCUGCAAUUCAACAUACCAUUUAUUGAAGCCAUCAAAUUGGUACCCAGGUAUGCCAAGAUUCUGAGGGAUUUGUGUACAAAGAAUGAGAGGUUGAUUCCUAAUGAAAUCACUCAGGUGGGCGAAAGUGCUUCUGCUAUGUUAUUUAAGAAGAUGCCUGCAAAGUGCAAAGAUCCUGGGGGUUUCACCGUGCCAAUUAAUAUUGGUACCAAGAGGUUUGAGCGUGAUUUACUUGAUUUGGGAGCUUCCGUAAGCGUUAUGUCCGCCGAUGUUUAUGAUUCUUUGAACCUAGGACCUUUAAAAGAGACAGGUAUUAUCAUUCAAUUAGCUAAUAAGUUUAACAUAUAUCCUAAGGGACUCGUGGAAGACGUUUUGGUACAAGUGAAUGAACUGAUCUUUACGGUUGAUUUCUUUUUGGUGGAUAUGCAGAAUGGAGACAAUUGUUUGUCUACUUCAUUACUUCUUGGUAGAACAUUUAUGAAAACUGCAAAGACGAAUAUUGAUGUCGAUAGUGGGACACUUACUAUGGAGUUUGAUAAAUAA